UCUAAUUUGGCAAAGAGCUUACCAUUAUAAGCAAUGCACAACUUUAUCUUUCUACCUCCCUUGUCUCUGAUUGCAAGCAAACAAGAAAACCCUGCUAGCUAGGUUUUCCAUCCAUCCAUAUGGCUCGUGGAAAGAUCCAGAUCAAGAGAAUAGAGAACACCACAAACCGACAGGUUACUUAUUCCAAACGAAGGAAUGGUCUUUUCAAGAAGGCUAAUGAACUCACUGUUCUUUGUGAUGCUAAGGUUUCUAUUAUUAUGUUUUCCAGCACCGGCAAGCUUCACGAGUAUAUCAGUCCUUCUGUCUCGACAAAGCAGUUUUUCGAUCAGUAUCAGAUGACUGUUGGAAUUGAUCUAUGGAACUCUCAUUAUGAGAAUAUGCAAGAGAAUUUGAAGAAACUGAAAGAUGUUAAUAGGAAUCUUCGCAAGGAGAUUAGGCAGAGGAUGGGAGAUUGUUUGAACGAUCUGAGCAUGGAAGAGCUGAGGUUACUUGAGGAAGAAAUGGACAAGGCUGCUAAGGCUAUUCGUGAGCGUAAGUAUAAGGUGAUAACAAAUCAGAUUGACACUCAAAGGAAGAAGUUUAAUAAUGAGAGGGAGGUGCACAACAGACUCCUGCGUGACUUGGAUGCAAGAGCAGAAGAUGGACGUUUUGAAAUGAUGGAAAGUGGAGCAGCAGAUUAUGAGUCUGUCAUUGGUUUCUCAAAUUUAGGUCCUCGGAUGUUUGCCUUGACCUUACAGCCUACUCAUCCGGCUAACAACCCUCAUAAUACUGGACAACAACAACCUGCUUCGGAUCUCACCACUUACCCUUUACUUUUCUAGUGCUACUUUUUCAUAACACGGAUACCACAAUAAAAAUUAUUAAUUAUAUAUAUAUUAUCAACUACUACUGUUUAUGAUAUAUAUGUUUUACACAUUCUGUUUUUAAAUUCAUUUAUGUGUACCUCAAAUAUCUUCCAUCAAAACCUCUGCCAUGUAAUUUGUGGUUUGGAUCAAAGUAACUCAUUAUUAAAUAUUUUCAA